UAUAUGUUUAACCGCAUAUUAAUGAGAUAUAAUCGAUUUUUUUUUUGGAUUUUCGGCAAUGAAUCUUUUUAUCGAUCAAAUCAACAACAUGAUGAUGAUAGAAUGCCAUCAAAAACCAAUCGAAACAAACAAACAAACCAUUUUAUUUCAUUAAAUUCUAAAGUGUACGUGUUAACGAGCUGUUUUUCUUCUUUGAUCAUUUUGCAUUGAUCGACGACGUGUUUAAAUCCAAUUUCGCUUGGACAUAAAUUUUCAACCGAUGUUUUUGUAAAGAGAAAACGAAAAAAUGAUGAACAAAGAAUUAAUGUUAAUACAAUUUUCCAAAUAUAUAACCAUUGCAACAGUUUCAAUUAUUAUUGGUAUGAUUUUAGCAUUAAUUUGUUUAUGGAUCUAUUCAGAAUGGUUAAUAUAUCAACAAAAAAAAACAAAACAAUUAGAUUUGGUACGCGAUAAAAUGGAUGGUAUUGAAAUGAAAAGAUUAUUACGACAAAAUUCAUUUGAAUCGAAUAAACAAAAGCCACAUAAAGAUGCUGUUGUUGUUGAUAUAUCUGAUAAUAAUGAUGAUGAUGAUGAUGAUGUAUCGAUCAAACAAUCAAAUGAUAAUAAUAAUAAUAAUAAUGAUACGGCAACCGAAAUGGCUUCAUCCGAUAAAUCUAUGCAGAUUAAUACCAAUAAAGGUAUCAGUUUAAAAUCAUUGGAUGGUCUACCUCAUUGAAAACGAUAAUUUCUUCAUUAAUUUCAUUAUCAACGAAUUUUGAUCAUCAUAAACUUUCAAUUCUCCACUAAAUAUUUUAUUCUUUCUUUUUUUUAUGGUAAUA